AUGUUGAGGAUCCCUCUGUGGUUGCACGUUGGCGCGUGUGUGUGGGGGGUUGUGUUUUCCAUCAAGUGCCCUGAUGGUUCGACUUGCUCCGAUCUGGCCACGUGUUGCCAGACAGAGAAGGGAUACGAGUGCUGUCCAUAUCCAAACGCUGUGUGCUGCUCCGACCUCACCAACUGCUGCCCCCCAGGAUUCACCUGUAACCUGAUGUUGCAGCUGUGUGUGAAACAAAACCAGCCAUGGAUGAAUGUGCCCAUGGUGAAGAAAGAGGCUGCGGAGGCCCCAAGCACCCCCGAUCUGCCCGUGUCCACCUUCCAGGGGCUAAAAAGCCCUGACCUCUCUGACCACAAAGCAACAAUUGUCCACUGUGACAGUUAUUAUUAUUGUUAUGACGGCACCACUUGCUGCAGACAUCCAAAAGGCGGCUGGUUCUGCUGCCCCUACUCUCCUGGGCGGUGUUGUCUGGAUGGCUACCACUGCUGUCCAUAUGGUUUUGACUGUGACUACACUUACACCCAUUGUAUCAGGGAAGGCCUGACGUAUCCGUUCAGUCCCAGACGAGCUCUGACAUCAGUCCCUGCUGCUCGCAUUUCAACAGCCGAGGACAGAAGCAGCACGUGGGAGACACCGCUGACCGCUCUAACAGAAGCCAGCAGCAGCUCCUUCAAUCAUUUCGAGCACGGGGUCAUUCGCUGCGAUGACAAUUUUUUCUGUCCAACUGGACAAAGUUGUUGCAAAGGACUCAUGGGCCAGUGGAACUGCUGUCCCCACCAGCUGGGCAUGUGUUGCGCUGAUGGGCAGCACUGCUGUUCGUACGGGUUCAAGUGUGAUUCAUCUUCCUCCAAAUGCACAAAAUAGAA